UCAUCGCGCAGUUGUUUGUUUUCGCUCAGCGCAGAAGCAGGGCGCAGAGGAGGGGCGCGGGGUUGUGAAAAGCUUGCGUUUUUAAUCUUCAUUGCUUUUUUCCAGCCUCCUGCCAUGGCUCUGUGCAGUAGCGUCGGAGCCUUGGCGUUACCCAGCGAGCUUAUCGUUCACAUAUUCUCCUUCCUGUCAGACCGAGACAAGCUCCGGGCCUCGGCCGUGUGCUCUCGCUGGAGGGAGUGUCUCUUCUACCCUGCGCUGUGGACGGAGCUCAAGCUGCGCGUCGGCGGCGGAACCAACGGCGGCGGAUCUGGAUCGGAACAAACCCCGCGAUUAGAGUUCCUCAUGCGCAAGUUCGGCUCGUUCGUGCGGGAGCUGCAGCUGGAGUUCGCCCCGCUGGACGGCUGUCUAAGCCCGCUGCAGCACGGAGUGGAAGCCGUCGAGAGCGACCCGCAGUUCGCGAAAGAUGCGAUGGUGACAUAUCUGGAUCAAGUGUUGUGUGUGCUCGGGAGUCUGCGUAAUAACAGAAACCUCCAGAAGCUGAGUCUCUAUGGGGACACAUGCAUUCUUCAGGAUGACAGCAUUUUGGACAGCUCUUACCUCAGCCAGGUCGACCAAGGGGGCAAGAAAAUUAAAGAGAUCCAGCAGCUCUUCGAAGAGAUCCUGUCCAACAGCAGGCAGUUGAAGUGGUUGUCGUCUGCGUUCAUGCUCGGUGUGGUGACCCCGUGCUCUCUGGCCUCUCUCUCCAACCCCAGCACCAGCUCCCUCGAGCACCUCAGUCUGAUCGACAACCAGCUGCCCAGCCUGAUUUCCACCAUCGAACUGGAAAGGCUCAUUCACCUGCAGUCUCUGUCCCUAGAAUUUUGCGACUUCACCUCAGACAUGUGCCGUCUUCUCGCCUGCGGUGACCGAGCGCCCCUCCAUCGCCUCUCCCUCUUGCUCAAUGGUGCUGCUUUGGACGUCAAGCCUUUGGAUGGUACCGCCACAGAAGACGAUUGGAAAGCCCUGGUCCGUCGCAGCACCAACCUGCGCGUCUACAUCAUGGCGAUGGAUGUGUGCAGCCAGGACCUUCUGCGUGUGCUGAAGCCCAGCGUGCCCCUGGAGCGGAUCCAUCUGGACAGCUACAGCACGCUGGUGACGGAUGGUGUUGUGGAGCUUAUCUCGCAGCAGUACCACAAAACCCUCAGCCACUUCAUCCUGAUGAGAGACGACGCUGGAUUCCCAGACUUCAGCGUCAACCGCAACGAGGACCCGCUGGUUCUCCUCGCCUGGCGCUGUGUGCACCUCGCUGUCUUGAUCAUCCAUGGCUACACUGUGUGGUCACACAACCUGGUGGCCAUCUCUCGCCUGCGUGGGUCCAGCCUCAGAGUCCUGGAGGUGUCUGAAGAGAGCAUCGACUUUGACCCGGACCAGUCGGUGUACAUCGAGGGCGACCCCGUCCACAAUCUAGUCAAGGAGGUGUCCCUGGGCUUGGGCCGCGUCUGGCAUCCCUCCAUGGACAACAGCGUGGUCCUGAACGAACCCACUCAGCACUUCCACCGUGAGAUGCAGAGUUUCAGCGCGGGCAUGUAGACGCAAACGCUCUCUCUAACCCUGUGCUUGGUGUUCUUUCACUAAAUGGGCCCUUCUCAUUUUACGUAUUGUUUUUUUUUUUUCUUUCAUUGCUUUUUGAUUUUGUUUUUGUUUAUUCUUGUAGUGUGGAUUUAAUCCUUUAUAUGUGCUGUGUUUAAUCAGUAUUAGCUCUAUAUUUAUAUCUAUAUCUAUAUAUCCUGCUUAUUACUAGGAAAGUAUAGUUGGGUAUUGGUUUAGUAGCUCAUUGAGUAAAUGGUAGAGAGGGGCUUUUAUACAGCUAGCUUAAAAGUUGUACAGUGAGUUGUUCAUUCUCUCGCUUUGUCUGUUUGUUGGUUUCCCCCUCGAAAGUGUGGUGUUACCUCAAACUAUUAAUUGAUCCUUCUUGGCUUCUGCAAUGACGAAAUCCCACGUUCACGUUGACCUUUUUCAAGGGAGAUUAGUCUUCCAGCCAAGGGACAGGACUGAUCCACAGCAGUAACGCCCCUUCCUCUUUGUUCCUCAGUAUGUAAUUGUUAUUCAGAAAUGAGGAUUGGUGGAAACGACGUGUUCGGGACGCAGAUCCCGCUGGUUUUUCUCAACCUGGAAGUAGACGAACCUCUGCUGGUAAAACCAAUCUAAGAGGUUUUCAGUCUGGUGUAUGACACCUGCAUGCUGACCGCCCUGCAGCACAAUAUCUGGGCCCAGCCAUAGGUGUUUGUUCUUUUUCUUGUUUUCUUGUGUGUGUUUUUGUUUUAAGAAGUCCUUCCCGUCUGUCUCAGGUAGGCAAAAACUAUAUGACAAGGAAGAUGAAGGUUAUGAUAUUUUGGUAAGAGUGAAAACAAUCAGCUAUUCCCUCAGUUUUAUUGUUCUUCUUGAGUCACAGUUGCCUUGAACUCCCCCUUACUUCUUCAUAAUCAGAGUGUUUAUGGCCUCGGCCUCAGUCUGUUCGGAGUUAACAUUGUUGUAAUUCCCUACAGAAGUGCGUCAACUUGAGCGACGGAUCCUAAUUGAGGGCGAACACGCUCCGAACGGAUUGAAUCCAGGCUGUGGUAUUUCAUCUGUAAAGCAUUAGAUGGCGGGAGACAGACGUUUGCUUGUUCCAUAUCUCAGGAUUCCUGCACUUGUGGUACUUUUCCAGUCGAAAGCUUUUGUUGAAGCUUCGUUCAAAGGGUUGGCAUGCUCGAUGGACAAGACUUCGUAGUGUUUGUGGAGGAAAGAAAGCUCUUCCAAAAGAAUGCGCUUCAGAAGUUGCUGGUUUUAUUUUCUAAUUUCCCUAGUUUGCAGUUCUCAGUGUGUUGUUUGCUUUUACAUAUAUUGUCUAUUUGUUUUAAAAAAAAAAAAAAAUCAUAGUCGAAGGAGGUCGUGGUUACUUGCAUAGCUGAAAAAAGUGAAUGUCAAACUAAAGCCUUCUUGAAAGCGGCAGCGUUUUUGCUCUGCAGAAUCCCCUCUUUCAUGAGCAUAUCUUUAUUUUGUCGUGCUUGAAUAACGAAGCGACUCGUCAAAGAGCGGAGUGCUUUUUAAAACCGUUAAGUUGCCUAGCAAACCGUUAAUCUGUCAGGCCUCAGAACUUCCUGUUAUUUGGCGGUAUCGACUACCCAAAGCCAAACCAGGUUUGAAAUGGAAGCCAUCGCCCCAAUCUUCCUGGAAGAUCUGCGCUUAUGACAAAAACAACGUACAGCCAAAGCAAACCUUCGCAGCAUGAAAACGAUCUUUAUAUGCAAGCUUAACAAGUGAGGGGUGACCUAUCAAUUUAUCUUAGGAUCUUGUUGGGAUUUGUUGUUUGUGGUCCAAAAAAGGUUUGAAGUAGUUAACCAAUGAGGUCGAACAACUCUUGGCAUAUGUACGAAGGGUUGAUGUAAUUCGACGUUUUAUAAAUGCGAAGCAGAGAUCCAGCUUGACUAAAUGUUGACAAGUUUACAACCUAUUGUGGUACCUAUUUCAACAUUGGUGAAAACAGCAGAUUUUCGUGGUUGGUGG